AUGGCCCCAGUAGCUGAUGACGCCGAACGAGCCGAGGACUACCAGCCAUACAUUCCAUCUGCUCCAUCUUCCAAUCCUUACGGUUCCUACGAUUACGGCCUUUCCAACAUUUUGAGCUACCCAAGCUAUGACAAUACCGGAUACGGCUACAACACUGGAUCCAGCGGCAGCUACGAUCCCUACCAGAACUUCGGCGAAGUCUCUUCCUACGGAUACGUCAGUGGCCAGAGAGCUGCUGCUCCCGAUGCAUACGCAAUGUGGAAAGCUGAUUACGGUCGCCACUGGGAUGGAAAGGUCCACACUAACCAUUCCGACCAAGCCGUUGAUAUUGGACACGUCCACAACAACAUGGAGAACUACAUGGGUGGCAUCCAAGACAAAGGUGUCUUGAGCGACUUCGACCAAGACGACCAUGCUCGUUAUCAGGGAUCAUGGAUCUCCGCUACUCAUAACAAUGAAGCCGGUGAUGCAACUUAUGAUAAAUCUUGGGAACUUGGACUUCACCCCAGUGAUGCCCGAGCAUUCAGCGACAUCAAUGAUGAAGCAAGACUGCAAUGCAAAGUUUGCAAGAUCGACUUCCAAGUUAUGUGGGACACGGACAAUGAUAAAUUUGUUCUCAAGCAGAAGAACGGAUCUGACUUUUACACUGACGAGGCCGCUGCUAUCACCGCCUGUGACGCUGACCAAGACGGAGACGGAGAUGCGCCAACAACGUUCUGCCCAUACUCAUCUGGUGUCUGCUUUGUUGAAGAGCGACGACAGUUCGGCUUCUUGGUCUCCUUCGAGCGAGGUUGCAAACAAGCCAAGGCCUGCUACAUGCAAAAGUACCAGAACUUCCUUGUCAAGGCUGGACGACAAUGCUGGCCUGUCGAUGCAACUAACACCGCUGAAAAGAUUGCCCGACGACCAUAUGACAUUAAAGCUGAUGAGUGGUAUUACAAUGCCAAUGGAAACCACGCCGACUCUCAUGAUAAAACUUUCACUGAUUUCACUGACGGUUCUCCUGAUUCUGGUGGACUUGUCAGCGGACUCUACGUUGAUCCAGACUACGUUCUUGAUGGCUCGAGCAACUUGAACUACAAUUCUCUUCACAUCAUCCAUGGCCACUCCGGCGCUUACAAAAAUGGAAUGAAGGAGACUUCCAGAUGCACCCAGUGUUGUUCAAACGCUGACAACUGCAACGCCUCAUGGAGACCACAAACUGAGACUGAUUGGGCUGCCGAUUACAGUUCUACUGCACCCGGACGAAAGUAA